GCGGCGGCCGUUCUUCGUAAGAUGGCGGAUCGGCGGCGGCAGCGGGCUUCGCAGGACACGGAGGACGAGGAGUCUGGUGCUUCGGGCUCGGACAGCGGCGGCUCCCCGGCGCGGGGCGGCGGGAGCUGCAGCGGUAGUGCUGGAGGCGGUGGCAGCGGCUCUCUGCCUUCCCAGCGCGGAGGCCGAGCGGGGGCCCUUCAUCUGCGGCGGGUGGAGAGCGGGGGCGCCAAGAGCGCUGAGGAGUCGGAAUGUGAGAGUGAAGAUGGCAUCGAGGGCGAUGCUGUGCUGUCGGAUUAUGAAAGUGCAGAAGACUCUGAAGGUGAAGAAGGGGAAUAUAGUGAAGAGGAAAACUCCAAAGUGGAGCUGAAAUCAGAAGCCAAUGAUGCCGCUAAUUCUUCAGCAAAAGAAGAGAAAGGAGAGGAAAAGCCCGACACUAAAGGCACUGUGACUGGAGAGAGGCAGAGCGGGGAUGGACAGGAGAGCACAGAACCUGUGGAGAACAAAGUGGGUAAAAAGGGCCCUAAGCAUUUGGAUGAUGAUGAAGACCGGAAGAACCCAGCAUACAUACCCCGGAAAGGGCUUUUCUUUGAGCAUGAUCUUCGAGGACAAACACAGGAGGAGGAAGUCAGACCCAAGGGGCGUCAGCGAAAGCUCUGGAAGGAUGAGGGUCGCUGGGAACAUGACAAGUUCCGGGAAGAUGAACAAGCUCCAAAGUCCCGACAGGAGCUCAUUGCCCUUUAUGGCUAUGAUAUCCGCUCAGCUCACGAUCCCGAUGACAUCAAACCCCGAAGAAUCCGGAAGCCUAGGUUUGGGAGUCCUCCGCAAAGAGAUCCAAACUGGAUUGUUGAGCGACCAAACAAGUCCCAUCGCCAUCAGGGUCCUGGGGGCACCCUACCACCAAGGACAUUUAUCAAUAGGAAUGCUGCAGGGACUGGCCGAAUGUCUACUCCCAGGAAUUACUCUCGAUCUGGGGGCUUCAAGGAAGGCCGUGCUGGUUUUAGGCCUAUGGAGGCUGGUGGGCAGCAUGGUGGUCGGUCUGGUGAGACUGUUAAACAUGAAGGCAGUUACCGAUCACGGCGCCUAGAGCAGACUCCUGCGCGGGACCCAUCUCCAGAAGCUGAUGCUCAGGUGCUUGGCAGUCCCGAGAAGGAAGAGGCGACCUCAGAGAUACCAGCUGCUGCUCCGGACACUGUACCACCAGCCCCUGACAGGCCUGUUGAGAAGAAAUCCUACUCCAGGGCAAGAAGAACCAGAAUCAAAGCUGGAGAUGCAGUCAAGAUUGCAGAAGAGGUGCCCCCUCCACCCGAAGGGCUAAACCCAGCACCUCAAGUCCCAGAAACGACCCCUCCUCCACCUGCUAAGACUGGAAACUGGGAGGCUCCAGUGGAUUCAACAACAAGUGGACUUGAGCAAGACGUGGCACAACUAAAUAUAACAGAACAGAAUUGGAGUCCCGGGCAGCCUUCAUUCCUGCAACCACGUGAGCUUCGUGGUAUGCCCAACCACAUACAUAUGGGAGCAGGACCUCAGUUUAACCGGAUGGAAGAAAUGGGUGUCCAGGGUGGGCGAGCCAAACGCUAUUCAUCUCAGCGGCAAAGACCUGUGCCAGAGCCCCCUGCUCCUCCUGUGCACAUCAGUAUCAUGGAGGGACAUUACUAUGAUCCAUUGCAGUUCCAGGGACCAAUCUAUACCCAUGGUGACAGCCCUGCCCCACUGCCUCCCCAGGGCAUGAUUGUGCAGCCAGAAAUGCACCUUCCCCACCCAGGUUUACAUCCCCACCAGACUGCGGCACCUCUGCCCAAUCCAGGCCUCUAUCCCCCACCAGUGUCCAUGUCUCCAGGGCAGCCACCACCUCAGCAGUUGCUUGCUCCUACUUACUUUUCUGCUCCAGGCGUCAUGAACUUUGGUAAUCCCAGUUACCCUUAUGCUCCAGGGGCACUGCCUCCCCCACCGCCACCUCAUCUGUAUCCUAAUACGCAGGCCCCAUCACAGGUAUAUGGAGGAGUGACAUACUAUAACCCCGCCCAGCAGCAGGUGCAGCCAAAGCCCUCCCCACCACGGAGGACUCCUCAGCCAGUCACCAUCAAGCCCCCACCACCUGAGGUUGUAAGCAGGGGUUCCAGUUAAUAGGAGUUUCUAAGUAUUUUAAAUCAAACAUCAUACAAAAAGAACCCAGGAAAGAAGAGAAAUACAGCUGGCUGUGUACUCCCAGGAGGGCUUCAAAGAUAUAGGGUGGCUCCUACCAGCAAGCAGCUGAAUGAGAAGGAACCCUGACCUCCUCUGAGGACAGGCUCUGUUGGAGAAAGGGACAAACAAGUGGACUUCCUCCCCUCUCUACUCUUUACUUGAGUUGGCUGUGCUCAGAGGAGCAGAGACCCAGCCAGCUCAGGCUUCUGGGUCUACAUCUAGAAGUCCAUGUCAUUUUUUCCUGGGAAAUUGAAGUGUCUUCUUCCAGGGAAGCUCGUUCUUGUUUGUUUUGUUUCUUAAGAUGUUCGUUUUUAAAACCUGGCUUGCUAUUUAUUCAUUUAGUUUCUUUCUCUCUCUGCCUUUAAAUGAGACAGGUUAAUUCUUCUUAUUUUCUAGCUCCUCUGCUUUCACUUUUGGAUUUUCCCUGCAUCCCAGAUAAUUGAAAUUUUACCAGCCAGUUUUCCCCUACCAAGCCUGCAAAGAGGUGGCCUUUCGUUUUUGGCUGUUCUUUGUUGUUGUAUACUUGGAUUCUCUUAAUUCCUCUAACCCUAUGGAAGCAGAGCCGUCCACAGAGUGUUGUGGAGAAAAGCUCAGAGUGUGUGGUAGGAGCCCAACUUGACUUCUGUUUUCAGGAAUCUGAGCCUCCAUCUGUCCCUUUACUGUGGUAGGCAUCAGUCCUCUACUUGAGGGCAAAGUCUCUACAGUGGAGAGAGAUGGCAAACCAGAUGCUUUUGUGAGAAAGGGAGAGUGGAGUAAGCCUUUGCCUCUUAGGGGACUGUAUUCAUAUAGUCCUCAGGGCUCAGUCUUUGAGGUAAGUGGAAUUAGAGGGCCCUGCUUCUCUUCUUUCCAUCCCUCCUAUGACACCCCCUUUCUAGUUGCUAUGGACCAAUGCAUCUCUCUAGAGGCAGAUACUGUCCAGCAAGCUACCUUGUACUUUACGGUUGCUCUUCUUGUCUUUCCUGCUACAAGUGUUUUAGAUGUUACUACCUGAUUUUCCCCAAGUUCUGCUCCUGUCCUUGCAAAACAUCUGGGCUUCAGGCCUAAGGAAACCAGUCACUUUCGGGGCAAGGGUUCCUCCCUCUUCCUCCCUAUCCACGGCGCUGAACCACUCCCCUGCUGCCUCUGCAGGAGAAAUUCCUGUUGCUGCAGCACUUGCGUCUGCCGGGAGUAACUUGGCCACUGUCCCAGUCCUACAGAACGUGAGGGAGAUGGUGGUGGCUAUGUCUCCCCAGGUAAUGUCACUGUUUCUAUUCCUUCUCUCCAGCAGCUAAUCUAACCACUCUUUGAGUCACAGGUGUGGGGUGGGGAGUGGGGAGAGGCACUCAAGCUGUAGACUCCAAGGAGGAAAUAACUAAGAGAGUCUUCCAGGGGUGGCUGAUGGUUGUGCCUUUUGUAGGCUGUCCCCUUUGCCUUAAACCUGAAGAUGUCUCCACAAGCCUGUGGGCAGCAUGCCCAGAUUCCCAGACCUUAAGACACUGUGACAGUUGUCUCUGUUGGUCCACUGUGUUUCGUUGCAAGAAUUUCUCCAUGUGUGUUGUUGUUGUUGUUUGUUACCGUUUUAAAGGGUGCACAUUUGUGAUCAGCAUUGUGACUUGGAGAUAAUAAAAUUUAGACUGUAAACUUGGCUCCUUU